AUGAUUCCUCUGCAAUUGCUCAGUCUUUCUCUGGCUGCUCUGGUGACAGCUAAUUGGAACGUCUCCUUGACGCGAACCCCAUGUGCCUGUACACAGCUUGAGUCCUCCUACCCGCACAAGCUCCUCUUCCCAUCUUCUGCAAACUACACAGCUGAGGCUACCAGCUACUGGGAUAUCCGGGAUGACCUUCACCCAUCCUGCAUCUUCCUCCCAACUAGCGCUGAUGAAGUUGCGAACGCCGUGAAGAUUCUCACCCGCUGUGAUGCGCACUUUGCCAUCCGCGGCGGUGGACACAUGAACUUCCCUGGAGCCAACAAUAUCGACGAUGGUGCCCUCAUCGCCUUGUCUGGAAUGGACCAAUUCACCGUCCAUAACGAAACCAUCGACGUCGGACCAGGCAUGACCUGGUACGACGUCUACUCUGCCCUGGAGCCCUACGGACGCAUCGCUAUCGGCGGUCGUCUAAAGACCAUCGGCGUACCAGGCCUCACUCUUAUCGGCGGGGUGCAUUACUUCAUCAACAAGUACGGAUUCGCCAUGGACAAUGUCGUCCGGUACGAGGUGGUGCUGGGGAACGGGACGCAGGUCGUUGCAUCGGCGACCUCGCACCCGGAUCUAUUCUGGGCGCUGAAAGGCGGCGCGAAUAAUUUCGGGAUCGUGACGAAGUUUACGCUGAAGACGUUUGCAAUCCCAAAGAUCAGCACCACGGUCCAGAGCUUUAAUGAGUGUGGGAUCUAUGAUUAUAUCACUGCGCUCUGUGACCUAGUCAAGCUCGAUGAGCCGAAUCCCAUCGCGGCAGGGGGCGUCUUCACGAUCAAUUACAACGCGACGACGAAGGUGUCUUCUGCUUCGCUGAUCGGGGUACAGGAAGGCGCUAGCAGUCCUCCCUCUCAAUUUGCCAAUUUCACUGCCAUCCCUGGUGCAUCGAAGGUGCACAAUGUGACGACUGGGAAACAGUUUGCUUCGGGACUCAUCACCCCGAAUCAGAUGUUCCGUGUCAUGUUCUCUCAUCACACCGUGCGGCCCGACCCCGAGACCCUCUACUCCAUGUAUCAAGCCUGGAAGAAAGCGGUCGAUGAGAUAGCCGACGUGCAAGGCCUCUACCCGACCUUCGUUAUGAACCUCUCUCCAGCAGGCGCAGCGCGAGUAGGCAAGACCAACGGAAUUGGGAAUGUGUGGGGUCUGGACGAACAGCCCAUGAUAUGGUGGCAAUUUAGCACAGGCUGGGAUCUCGCGUCUGACGACAUCCGCGUGCAAACCUGGUCACGUCGACUCACGGAGUAUCUGCACGCCAUAAACAAGAAGAAAGGGAUCAGCUCCGAAUUUGUCUACAUGGGCGAUGCGGGUGAGUGGCAGGAUCCGUUUGCUGGAUUUCCUGCAGCCAAUGUGCAGCGGAUGAAGGCGGUUCGGGCUGCCUAUGAUCCUCUCCGGACCUUCUCAAGGCUGAACUGGGGUGGUUUCAAGCUUGGAUUUGACUAG